AUGGCCAGCUUCUUUACUCCUCGCAACAAGAGUUCCAAUUCGUCUUCUUCCUCUUCCGCCAGAGUAUCUCCAACUCCAGGCAGACAAAAGAAGACAUCCUCUCUCAAGACAUCCGCGGCAAUUGUCGUCACUCCAGAGUGUGAGGUCGUAGUUUGGGCCAAUAGUCCUCGGUCUCGUGAAACUGUGAAAGAUCGAUGGAGGAACACUUUGACCUACUAUUCCUUUUGCGAUGAUAAGCGUUUCACCAACUUGGAUUCUCUGCUGACCCAAUUGGCGCCCUUAUCGUUGUUGCACAUUUGCAGUACGGAAAAAGCCACCAUGGACAAGGCAACCACGCCAGCAGCGCGCAAAAAGGCCAAGCAAGUCCAGCAACUGCUACAAACUCUACAGCGGAUGAUUGAUACUCGACCUGAUUUGACAGGCGACGAUGACGACGAUGAGGACCAAGGCUUGUCAGCACCAGCACCAACCACUUUGGCCGAAGUGCACACCAAGUUUCCAUCCGUGGACGCUGGCCGGAUUGAUGGCUGUAUGAAUCAGUUGCUCUUGCCGUCCAGUAAAAUAUCGUAUCGCGGAAACGUCCAAGUCGCAUCUCAUCCCUGGAUUCAAAAGGCACUGGGAUUCUGGUUGCAAGCCGAAGGACUCUUGUCGGGAGGCAUGCCGGAUGACAUGAUGGACCGUUUUCAUCUCCAGCAGGGAGCCAUGAACAAACAUUUGCUCUUGGAUCGAACUGCCGCGGAUUGUAUUCACUUGUUACCUCCUCCCAAUGCCGGUGUGGCCACUCAAGUGGGAGGAAGACCCCACAACAAUUCCUUGCUGGGUAUUCUCAGUCAGCCGGCCAGGACCAAAAUGGGCAAGCGACUCAUUGAACAGUGGUUGCGACAGCCUCUGGUGGAUCUCAAGGAGAUUAUGUAUCGACAAGAUUCUGUACACCAUUUGGUGGAAAAUGGAGUUGGAAGAGAUCAGCUACGUGACGAAGGACUGCGCAAUUUUGCGAGUAUGGAUAUUGGCAAACUGGCACAAAAUCUUGGGCUCUAUGAGAAAGCGUCAACCGAAGACGAUGCACCCAACAAAAAUGACAUGGCACCCGUGGUGGGGUCGACUCAAAAAGCCUUGCAGUCGCUCUACCAAUUAUAUCUCCUCAAAGCCCAGAAAUUGCCCAUGUUGCUAGAGUCUCUUGUCGCUGUGGUUUGCCCGGACGGCGAAGAUCCAGCCAGCAUUCCCAAAGACGCGGAAGAGCAGACCAUGCUGCAAUCAAUCUUUGUAAAUCUGCAGAAAGCAUCCAACGAACUUUCCCGGUCCCAGGAGUUGGUCGAAGCUGUCUUGGAUUUGGACAUUGCUCCCAGGGAAUACUUGAUCAAAGCAGCUUUCAAGGACGAGUUAGUAGACAUCAAGACGGAGUUGGGCAAUGUGGAGGCCAGCAUUGAGAGCUGCCAUGAAAGGAUGAACGAAUUAUGGGCCGAAACCAUGGGUCUGAGCAUGGAUUCUCAGCAUGUUCGGUUGGAAACGUCAGGAGACACGGAAACAACCAAGACGUACCAAUUCCGCCUCCCCAAUGCCAAUGAUACCAAAGUCUUGCAAGAUCAACUGAAAGACGAAGUCAAGGUCCAUCGACUGCUCAAGAAUGGAGUGUACUUCUCCACAACAGAGUUGGUGCAGUUAUCUGACAAGAAAGGGAAAUUGAUUGCGGAAUAUGACCGGGCGCAGAAGGAGGUCGUCUUAGACGCCAUGCAUAUUGCCUCGACCUAUCAAGGGCCUUUGGAGCGCACCAAUGAGCUCGUCGCGCAGUUGGAUGCCCUCGUUAGUCUCGCUCAUUGCGCAGCCUACAACCCCCAUGGCUACUGCCGCCCUACCAUGACGGAUGGGGAAGAAGAGGGCAUGGGAAUCAAAUUAACCAAGGCUCGACACCCUUGCGUUGAAAUGCAGGAGAAUGUUGCAGAGUACAUCCCCAACGAUAUCAAUCUAGUCUUUGGAGAAUCGAGCUUUCUGCUCUUGACAGGACCCAACAUGGGAGGAAAAAGCACAUACAUCCGUGCACUGGGAGCCAUUGUCACCAUGGCUCAGAUUGGCGCAUACGUUCCCUGCGAAAGUGCCACCAUCAACAUUUGUCACCACUUGCUAGCCCGUGUGGGUGCAGGGGAUCUUCAGGACCGUGGGAUUUCUACGUUCAUGGCGGAAAUGCUGGAGGCUUCAUCCAUUCUAAAGACUGCCACGAAACGUAGCCUGAUCAUUGUUGAUGAGUUGGGCCGAGGGACGUCCACGUUUGACGGAUACGGCUUGGCACGAUCUAUCAGCGAAUACAUUGUCCAACAGAUUGGGUGCUUUUCCGUGUUUGCCACUCACUUCCACGAGCUCACACAGCUGGAAGAAACAGAAAAGUCUGUCAAGAACUACCAUGUCACUGCUCAAAAGGGAGCACAAGGUUUGACUUUUAUGUAUGAAGUCCAACCAGGGCCUUGCUUGGAGAGUUUUGGUAUUCACGUUGCGGAAAUGGCUCGAUUGCCGGCCCCAGUCAUCGCCGAGGCCAAGAGAAAGGCCCUAGAGCUGGAAAACUUUGAGCAAAAGAAGAGACGCCUUGAUGACGCUGCUGCUAACGGCAGGCAAGACUUUAUGACUCGCUUCAAAAAUCUUCCUCUCAAGUCUUUCAAAAGUGCAGAAGAGAAGAUGGCAGCACUUCAGCAGUUGCUGGUUGAAGAGCAGUGA